AUGUCAGCCGCUUUGAAAAGACUCGGCCAAGUCUCCGAGCAUAUGUCUCAAUUAACUGGCGGAAAAUCUAGUUCUCAAAGUCAACCUAAAAGAACUGGGCGAUCUGCUAUAUUAGAGAAGCAUGCGGACGAUAUUGUAGUUACGGCUUGUUUACGUACUCCACUAACCAGAGGCGGUAAAGGGGGAUUUAGAGAUACUGCUGCAGCUGAUCUCCUUGUCGGUACAUUCAAAGGUCUAAUAUCUCGAUCUGGUAUAAAUCCUAGCCUAGUGGAGGAUAUUGCUGUCGGCUCAGUCUUACCACCAGGAGGUGGUGCUACAGAGUUCAGAGCCGCUGCCUUAGUAGCGGGAUUUCCCGUAUCUACUGCAGUAAGAAGCGUCAACCGACAAUGUAGCAGUGGUCUACAGGCCUGUGUUGAUAUUGCAAAUGCUAUUGCAGCCGGAAUGAUCGAAGUUGGCGUCGGGGCUGGAGUAGAAAGCAUGAGUAUGCAUUAUGGACCAGAUGCUGUAACUGAGUUCUCUGAGCUACUUGAAUCUCAUCCAGAGUCAAAAAACUGUAAAGUUCCAAUGGGAAUACUCUCAGAAAAAAUGGCAAAAGACCGAAAUAUAAGUCGCAAAUCACAAGACUCUUUCGCAGCCGCUUCGUACCAGAAGGCGUACGAGGCUCAGAAAGCUGGACAUUUUAACGAUGAGAUAACCCCGCUCAAAGUCCAGUGGGUAGAUGCAAAGACUGGAGAAGCAAAAGAGAUUGUAGUCAGCCAGGACGACGGAAUCCGUCCUAAUACUACAGCUGAAUCCCUUGGAUCUAUCAAGCCAGCAUUUGCCAAAGAUGGCUCGAUUCAUGCUGGAAACGCCUCUCAAAUUUCAGAUGGUGCUGCGGCGGUACUUAUGAUGAAACGUUCGACCGCAGAGCGUUUGGGGCAGCAAAUCUUGGGCAAAUUUGUUGCUUCAUCUGUUGUUGGUGUAGCACCUCUUCUUAUGGGAGUUGGACCCUGGGCUGCCAUUCCAAAAGUCUUUGAGAAAACCGGAUUAACAAAGGAAGAUAUUGACACAUUUGAGAUAAACGAGGCAUUCGCUAGUCAAUGCCUGUGGUGCUCUCAAGAACUUGGGCUAGAUUCCAACAAAAUUAACCCUCAGGGUGGAGCUAUUGCUCUUGGACACCCCUUGGGCUGCACUGGUGCGAGGCAAGUCAGUACAUUAUUGUAUGGACUGCGGAGAAGGGGAGGUCGUAUAGGUAUUACUAGCAUGUGUAUCGGAACUGGUAUGGGCAUGGCGGCGGUAUGGGUCGCCGAAUAG